GAUGCUGGGAACCAGAAGCCUCAUUCCCACUGGAGAUGCUCAGAGAGGAACCAUGAGCUCAGAAAAACACCGUAUUGUUCUGUGAUGUCACCCCUAGAAUGUUCUGAGUGUUUUGAUGACCAGCUUAUGCAUAGGACCUAUACCUGGCAUCUCACAUUGCACUCGAGGCCAAAUUUUACAAGAAAGAGGGAUACCAGAUCUGAAAGCCUAGAAAUUCCAAUCAAUGUGGUCCUACCUCAGCGGGGCACCACUGAGCCUUUCCUGAGGCUCCACAACCUGUACAGCACGCCUCGCUGCUCCAGGCAGGCUGCCUUGCCCCGGAUGAGCCGCAGGGUAGUCAGCCAGCAUUCCUACCCACUCAACCGCUUCUCUUCUGUGCCCUUUGACCCCAUGGAGCGCCCCACCUCCCAGGCUGACCUGGAACUGGACUACAACCCUCCCCGGGUGCAGCUCAGCGACGAGAUGUUCGUCUUCCAGGACGGGCGGUGGGUGAAUGAGAACUGCCGUCUGCAGUCUCCUCACUUCUCCCCCUCCUCGUCCUUCCACCAUAAACUGCACCACAAGAGGCUGGCCAGGGAGCACCUGCUGCAGGAGGAGAACAAGACUCUCCGGGAUGAGAACCGGGCCCUGCGGGAUGAGAACAGGGCCCUCCGCAAGGAGAACAAGAUGCUGCAGGUCUUUUGGGAAGACCACAAGGUCACCCUGGGCCACGAGGAGAGUCAGUCCCCCUCGCCAUUGCUGCACAAGGACACAGCCUCCCAGGAAGUCGUGAAGAAAGACAACGCCACCUUGCCUGUCCAGCGGAGCAAGGAGAACACCUUACACCUCAUUCGAGAGGAGAACCGGGCCCUCCAGCAGUUGCUGGAGCAGAGGCAGGCCUACUGGGCCCAGGCAGAAGACGGUGGCACUUCCGCCGAGGAGGGUAAGCCCACCUCCUCACCCAAGGAGGAGCCCCAUAACCCUGGGCUUCUCCCAGAUCAGAGCCCAGGACUCUCCUCCCCGUUUGAGGAGCCCAAAGGGCCCCCCACAGCACAGGAGGACUCCAAGACACUGCGUGCCCUGAGGGAGAUGGUUAACAACUUGUCUGGGCCGUCUGGGGAAGACGAGGGUCAAGUCGGCCCCAACCUAGCUGACAGCGCUCAGCUUAUGCAGCUGCUGAGGGAGAUGAACCAGGCGCUGCAGGCCCUGCGGGAGGAGAACCGGUUGCUGCAGGAGGAGAACCGGGCGCUGCACGUCCUCCGUGACGUGCACCGCAUCUUCCAGGAGGAGAACAAGGCCCUGUGGGAAAACAACAAGCUAAAGCUGCAGCAGUGCAUGGUCAUCGACACGAUGACCGAGGUCACAGCCCGGAUGGAGAUGCUUGUGGAAGAGCUGUGUGCCUCCGCCUCAGCCAAGAACAACAAAGAUCCCAAGAAGCCCAGCAGGGUCUGAGGUCUUGGCAGCAGACAUAGACACCAAGAUCAAGCACGGUCCACGAGGCCAGAGAGAACCCUCUGCCUUCCUUUGUCUUCCUCACCUUCGCAGCCCCCCAGUGCAUGCCCGUAGACCAGCAGAGAAAGGACCAUCCUACACCCAGAGACACAAUAAAGGCAGAGGAGGCUGGGGCCAACCAA